GCGGACGGCAAGCUGAGCGGCAUGCGACCACUCGGCUGCCACACCAAUUGUUAUUAAAUCGUGCUUCAAUUCCAUCCGACAAUGUAUUUCUUUUUGCUUGUUUUUAUAGUGCACCCCUGUGCCUCCGUCAUCUUUAACAUAAAUGACACAGAAUACCGACGCAUGCCACCCUUGUACCACCUGGAUGACUACCACGAGUGCCUGGCCUCGCCCGGGGGGCUGUACUGCAUCGCUGAUUUCGACCUGUUUGCGCGGAGACCCUCCGAGCUGAUGCACUUUAUACAGGAAUACUCAGCCGACACAAGGAAACAUUUUAACCAUACGCAAAUACAUAGGGGAGUAUGCUUUACAUCUACGUGUCAAGCUAACCAACUGAACAACUUAAAUGAAACAACAGACGUCAAAGCGCCCCUUGAGGCAUGCAUCAACCAAACAAUAUGGCCGAAAUAUGGAUUGGAAACGAAAAUAUCAAAAUUGUCCUACUGCAAACGAAGUGGUGACACUAGACAUGUUGACUGGGUUGAUAUAAUGUUUGCAGUAUUUUGCGUACUCGUCCUGUUGAUCAAUGUAGUCGGAACCACGUAUGAUAUCGUUACUUCUACACGCGACAGUAAACAAGGUAACAAAUAUUUAUUGGCAUUUUCAAUAAAGAAAAAUUGGUCUAAAUUAGUGGCGCCCAGCGGAAUCGGACCAGAGCCCAGGCUGGAAAGAUUGAAAUCAAUUAAUGCCAUCAGAACCUUGACGAUGGUUUGCGUGGUGUUAUCCCACACUAUCCUGAUGGCGGUGUUCUCGUACGUGGAGAACCCACACAAAGUUGAGGAGGGGUACGGCAAACCGGAGAUGUUCCUUGUGUACAACGGGACCCUCACCACCUGCACCUUCUUCAUGCUGUCGGGCUUCCUGCUCACCUACAACUUCGUCAUUUACACGGAGACGCAUAGAGUCUCCUACUCUUACAUUUUAAACGGCCUUCUCUUGAGAUGGAUCAGACUAACUCCAUCAUAUGCCCUGGUUCUGGGGCUUCUGGCAACGUGGAUGAGGUUCGCGGGGGACGGGCCCCUCUGGGACUACGUGGUGACCUACGAGUCCACGGCGUGUCGCUCCUACUGGUGGGCUCAUCUCCUCUACAUUAACAACUACAUCUACGACCGAGACCAGUGCGCGCCACAGUCCUGGUACCUGGCUGCCGACACGCAGUUGUUCUGCAUCGGGCUGGUGGUUCUGGUAGUGGCAAGAGGACGUCGCGCUCGGAACUGGGCCGUGCUGGGUCUGGUAGGACUGGCGUUCAUCAUCGUCGCAGCCACGACCUACCUGCGAGACCUCGACGCUGUAGUCAUACAGACGCCCGAAUCGUACCGAGUCUUAUACUUGUUCACCAGGACUUUCUUCUACGUAUACAUCCCCGGCCACACCAACCUCUCCUCGUACACGGUGGGCAUGGGCGCCGCUCUUCUUGCUCAUCAUUGGCAGAAGGAGAAGAAAGACUUCACUAAAUAUCAGAAGUACCGCUGGGUGUACAUGCUGGUGCUGCCGGUGGGUGUAGCGGUGCUACUCAGCGGCGCUCUGUUCUACGUGGAUGGAGUGGUCUGGCCCCGCUGGUUCCGCGCGCUGUUUGCGGCCACGCACCGCCCGGUGUUCCAGGGCUUGGUGGCGCUACUCAUGCUGGGCUCCAUCUUCAAAAUAGAGAACGUGUAUCGCGGCGUGCUAGAGUGGCGCGGCUUCACCUGGACCGGCCGCACCACCUACAGUGUCUUCCUGCUGCACCCGAUCUUCGAGAGGCUCUUCAGCGGAAUACAGACAACCCCCGUCCGGAUCACCGAAUUGCAUAUGACCCUGCUCCUAGCUGGCACCCUGUUCUUGUCGUUCGCGACAGGAGCGCUGCUCUUCACCAUCGUGGAGGCGCCCUUGUCCAACGUCAUUCGCAUUUGUCUCGCACCGCCAUCUCCACCGCUCACCGCAAAGGACGAAACCGAAGAAAAAUAAUCAAUUUACAUAUUUUUCUGUUGUAAUUAAUAAGAUAAGAAAAUCAAAUCUACUUGCCAACAUUAAAAAUCAUAAUUAUAUCUAAACUUGAAAUAAAAAGUCAGAAUCUA